AUGGCUCGAAACAAGGCAGCAAAGGUUAAGCCAAGCUCGGCAAGAAAGAAGAAGAAGGCCGCUCGGGCAUCCACCUCCGCCCAACGCCCCGAAGGAGAAGAAGCAAGCGAGAGUGAAAACGAUAGUGGUGAAGGAUUGACGACGACAAAGCGACCCUGGGCCCCGCCCGCUACAACAAAGACCAUCGCGGCGAGGAAAUUAGAUAUCGAGCAAGCAAUGGCCGGGUCGCGGGUGCGGGCCGCCAAGAUGGGCGAUGAAUAUCGAAUGACCCGUUCAGUCUGGGAUUGCGAUGCUCGAGUUUUCGCGCACGAAGAUGCAGGCCCGUUGCGGCAUGGGAUGCCAGUGGGGACUUUUCGUCCUGAUGACCAGGGGGUCCCGGAGGGGUCCGACAGACUGAUCCAUCGAAGGAUUGUUCUGCUAAAUUUUUCAGCUCAUACGGGUAACAAAGUGUGGUCUUUGAUGAAUCUGAACGUCUACGGCAGAACCCCAACCCCCGGAAAUGGACAGACGAUUGAUGCCAAACAAGCUGUUUUAGCGAAUAUCAAGAAUGUUGACUAUUUUCAAGAGUUCGACAUUAUGGAGUGGAAACCAGCUUCCUCUGGCUACGUCCUGAAAGCGAAGAAACAAGUCGUUUUCAGCGAAAUGAACCGCCAAUGGAAGAUGGGAUGGGCCAUGAACUGGAAUCACUUCUUCGACCUUAUCGAGAACCCUCAGAAGUCCCAGGAACGGAGCAGCCGAAUAGAGAGAUUACUCGACGGGGACUAUGAUAUUCCAUUUUUUGAUGAAACUUUAAUGGAUCAGAAUCAUCUUCAAGAGCAGAAGGAAGAACUCUCCCGGCGGAUCGACCACGCCAUGUUAACGGGGAUUCAGACUCUGGCAAGACUUCGCGAACGAGAGGAGAAAGAAGGACUUACUUCCUAA